CAAUUGAAACUUCUUCUAUACGCUGCAUUCAGAAUUGAUCAAGCUGCCUCAGUUACAAAGCAGUAAUGUCCACUGUUCAGCGAAGGCAGCAACCUGUAGAUGUUUCGAAGGAAAAUGAAGGCGCCAGAAUACAACCACAGCAGCUCCCAGAUGUUAUUCAGUCGAGGGGUGGUAAGAUGUCCUCGAGGCCUGACACCCCUAUGACAGGUGCUGCUAGGAUUAUCCCGUCUAGAUAUAGGCAAACUCCUCAGUCUUUAGUCCGCUCUAGUUCAACAAGUAAUCCUGGAUAUGCAUCGGUCAGUGCUGCUGCUAAACUGUUGCAGGAGGUUACUGGUACUCCUAUAAAUCCUUGUUCAGUGACCAGUGGUGAUGGAGCAAUUGUCCAUAAAAAGCUCUCGAAAGUUUCAACGGGGAAUGCUGUAGAUGUUGGUGCUGCUGCUGCUACUACUGAGAGCACUUCAUGCCCGAAUUCUCCGGUCUGCACUCAGAGAAAGCAAAUUAAAAAUUCCAAGGAAAAUGGAGGCACCAGAUCACAUCAGCAACAACUUGCAGAUGCUUUGCAAUCAAAAAGUAGCAAGACCUCCUCAAGACUUGACACACCUACCGUGGCUGGUGGUGCUAGGGUUGUCCCGUCGAGAUAUAAGUUCACUCCUCAGUCUUCACACCGGCACUGUCCAACCAAUACCCCUGGAGAAGCAGUCAGUGCCGCUGAUAAACUAUUGCGGGAGGCUACUGCUACACCUUUAAAUCCUUGUAGGGUGUCUCAGGAUGAUGGAGCAUUAAUCUCCAGAAAGCUUUCAAAAGUUUCGACUAGUCAUGAUGUAGAUUCUUGUGCUACUGCUACUACUACUAAGGGAAGUUCAUGCCCGAAUUCUCCAGUUUGCGCCCAGAGCAUUAAGACGCGGACACUAUCAACGAUGAGGUCGUCUAUGUCCGAGAUCGAUAGAUGUCUUACAGAGAGAAAUAGAGACAAUAACAGUAGAACAAUUGAUGAAUGCAGUUCUUAUAAAUCUUCAUCUACUUGCGCUCGUUCACUGCAUUUGCCAACAGCCGGCAAUGAAAAUUCCUCCGUUUGGCAAACUGUUAAACAAAAUGACAUGCUUGCUUCCAUCCCUUCUAGAUCAUCUUUCAAAAUGGGGAGUCUUUGCUUGCCUCCACAUCCAACCUCCAAUAAAUUGGGACCAGAUGCAAGGAAAGGAAGGAAGGGCUUCAGCGAUCAGGGAGAUGUGCAUUCAUUGAAGUUGCUCUACAAUCAUUACCUUCAGUGGCGAUUUGCAAAUGCCAAAGCUGAGGCCUCCAUGCGCUCCCAAAGACAGGAUAGCGAGACAAAACUUUAUUCCUUUGCACACCAGUUGUCAGAUUUACGCGAAUCUGUUUACCAGAAACGCGCUGAACUUGGGUUUUUGCGAAGGAUCAAAGCUUUAUCCACUAUUGUUGAAUCACAAUUACCAUGUCUUCAGGAAUGGGAUAACCUGGAAGAGGAUUACUCAACUUCUCUAUCUGGUACAACUGAUGCCUUACGCAAUUGCUCUCUUAGACUUCCUAUCGGCGCGGAAGUUCAGGUUGACAUAAGAGAGUUGGGAGAGUCUCUUAGUUCAUCUACAAAGGUGAUGGAAAUGAUCGGUUUGCAAAUUCAGAACUUUAUGCGAAAGGCAGAAGAAACAGAAAGUUUAAUUUCUGAACUAGCUAGGGUGAGUGGUGCAGAGAAAGCUCUUGUUGAGGAAUGUGGGGAUUUAUUAUUAAAGACAUAUAUCUCACAGCUGACAGAAUGGAGUUUAAGGGGACAGAUGAUUCAAAUGCAUCGGAACAGCCUUUAUCAAGUUCAGAAAGAAUGAAGAUUCUAGUCACUAUUGUGGAAAACACUACUCGGGGGAAUUCUUUUAAGAUUGGUGUUUGUCAGCCAAUAAAGGGGAGUUCUUUGGAAUCUUGGAGACUAUCAUUUGCAUCAGCGGGAAUUUCAUGUGCAGAUUUGAGAAUAUCUACAAUAUCUACUUUCUUCCUUGAGUUUUGUUUAUGUAACAGGUAAAAUUUGUCAACAUUAUAAUAAAGUUGUGCCUUUGGGUCUUGAACACCUCGUUGUAAAUGUGUUCCAACUCACGAGGUGUUUUCUCAUGAACAUACUCAAUCCAUUUACUAGAAAUAUUCUUUCUCCGUGCGAAAUUUAUCUCUGA